AUGAGAGGAGAGGAAAGUGCGAGUACCAUCAACGAUCGCGAUCUGCUAUCGCGAUUCCUCGCAGCUCAAGUUCAAAAUCCAGGGACACCUCCAUUUGCACUCUUCUCAUGGAUUGCUGGUAACAUCAUUGCUGGGAGUGGCACUACUGCCAUAGUUCUUCGCUCUUUAUUCUAUUAUCUGCUCAAAAACCCUGCUACUCUUCAAAACUUGAUAUCUGAGUUUGCAGCGGCUCGUAGAGCAGGUCUUCUUUCGAAUUUCCCCACGUGGAAAGAAACGCAAGACUUACGCUAUCUCAAUGCUUGUGUUAUAGAGGCACAAAGAAUUCAUGCACCGAUAGAUUAA